AUGGCAGUCGAAACGUGGAGGAACGGCGCUGCUAAAGAUGUCGGCACACAGUGCGACGAUGGAGAAAAUGUUUACGACGUCACUUCUGUGAAGGUGUUGGACAAAGAGUAUGCCAGUUCCAAGGAUCAUUCAAAGUGGGGUGUGUCCAUGAGCGAGUCUGUACCAGCUGUAUGUAUAGGGGACGUGAACAGACAGGAGUCACAAUUCAAGCGUGGAGGCGGCGCUGUUUGCAUUGAAGAUGUCACAUUAUGGCGAACGUUCCGUGGUUCGGUGAACUCUUUCUCGGAUUGUGGUGUGGUGCAUGAAAAGAAGUCUUCUUUUUUCUAA